AGCAUUAACUAGGGUGGCAAUACACACGUGCUUACGGCCAGCCGCGGCGCCUGCGCCGUAGCGGCCUGGAGUCGGUACGCGUAGACGUUUCUCGCACCUUGACUCCGGCCCUCCGCAAGAGCCUCUUUGUGCUUAGUGUCCUGUGCACACGCCUUGCAAGCGACGGCGCCAUGAGUCUGACUUCCAGCGUACGAGUUCACUCCAUGCUGGGAAUAGACAACUCACCUCUGAGGCUGAGGCUAACCAGACUAUGCAGAACUUUCUUCUCUCCAACAUUCUGUGGAACUGGGUUGAAUGGAUCGCAGCAGUUACUAUUGCUGCUGGGACAGCUGCAGUUGGUUAUCUAGCUUACAAAAGAUUUUAUGUUAAAGAUCAUCGCAACAAAUCUAUGGUAAACCUUCACAUCCAGAAAGACAACCCCAAGAUAGUACAUGCUUAUGACAUGGAGGAUUUGGGAGAUAAAGCUGUGUACUGCCGUUGUUGGAGGUCCAAAAAGUUCCCAUUCUGUGAUGGAUCUCACACAAAACACAAUGAAGAGACUGGAGACAACGUGGGACCUCUGAUCAUUAAGAGAAAGGAAACUUAGACAGUUUUGAUACUGCAAACCAACUUGUCAUGAUGUUAUCUGAUUGUUUAAUUAGAAUGACUACGACUUCUGUCUAAUUCACCUCCCCUGGGUUCUAGAUGUGGUAUAUUGGAAACUGCAGCUUUCAUACUCACGGCAUUUGCCUUACUUGUUGAACCAUCGUGGUGCACAUUUGUUUAAACAAAAAAGGAAAAAGUAAAAACCAACUUCAUGGCCUAUGGGUUAUUUUGGUCUUGUAAGGAUCCGUUUCUUUACGUUUAAAAUAAUUAUAUUAAGAUAUAGUUGUAUGUUAAAGUUAACAUUAAAUUAUUCUCAAAAUCCUGUAUAUGCAGGUUGUACUUAUAAGUUUCAAAGAAAAUUGUCACCUUUUAAUAUUACUUAGUUAACCUAGAAAGUAAAUUGGGUGUGAUCAAGCUGUAUUAAUCUCUUAAUUUAGGAAAAACCUGUGAUGACCUUGAUUCUCUUCUUGACCUAGGUGAUGACGCUGAGAAAAUAUAGCUUCUAUGUUUUCAUAGUUUUCAAUCAAAAUGAACUUGGAAUGUUAUUCUGCUUAAUUAUAAGUGGGCCAGGUCUAAAAUAAAAGGGCACGGUAGCUUCUU